UCUGCGCAUGCGCAGGAGACAUCUUUUUGGUGAUGGGUGAAAUGAAAACAAUUCUUUCCGUGGGGGAGAAAAAAUAGGGAUAUUGUAUUAUAAAAUAAUAAGAAUUGUAUUUAUUCCGAACUUCACUCGCACAGUUAACUUUAGUUUUUAUUUCGAUUGAAUAAAUAAAUCGAUUGACUGGAUUUUUUAAUUGAUUUUAAUCUCAUAUUGGAGAGACUAUUUGAAGGUUAAUCGCAACCUUGAACGGACGAAACAUAUUUUUUACGUUAAUUGUAGGAAUAUCUAGGUAUUGUAUUUUUAUUCCGGGGGAUUAUUCACGUGAAUUUGUUGUUUUUAUCGGAAUAAUGCCCUCGUCGAAGUCCUUGAGCGUCGCUGUCAUAUGUUCUAGUAACAUGAAUAGGAGCAUGGAGGCACAUGCCUUCCUGAGCAAAAAGGGGUUCAAUGUCCAGUCGUUCGGGACGGGAGACAAAGUGAAACUGCCAGGGAGUGGUCCUGACAGACCCAAUAUCUAUGAUUUUGGCACUACUUAUGACGAAAUCUAUAAUGAUUUGUUAGCCAAAGAUAAGCAAUUAUACACACAGAUGGGUUUACUACACAUGUUAGACCGUAAUCGUCGGAUAAAACCGAGGCCCGAGCGUUUUCAACUCAGCAAAGAUAAAUUCGACCUCCUGGUGACGUGUGAGGAACGCGUUUACGAUCAAGUGAUCGAGUACAUGGAGUCCAGAACGCCUGUGGACAAUCAGCCAGUCCACCUGAUCAAUAUCGACAUCCAGGAUAAUCACGAAGAAGCAACAGUUGGAUCCUUUCUCAUUUGUGAAUUAGUAACAACGUUGGCGAAUUCUGACGACUUGGACAACGACAUCGACAGCCUCCUCUACGAAUUUGAAUCGACGAAAUUCCAACGACCCAUGCUGCACACUAUACUCUUCUACUGAAUAAUCAGAAGAGAUAAUACCAAGAAUACCAAUCUUUAAUUGAAUUUUGUAGCCUCAGAACUAUGAAUCAUGAAACAAAGAGGACGAGUGCCAAGGAACAGGGACGAAUGAUUAUCCAUUGAUAAUUGUAAAUAGGAAUUUAACGAGAAUAACAUCGUAAAAAGGGCGAACGUUCUUCAAUUCGUCCUGACAUGCAUCUGCGAUGCCUUCCCAUUCGUCUUACAAAUUCGAUAAUGAAGACGUCAUUACAUAGAUUUUGAUUCAUAUGGAGUGAGAAAUUCCUUCCAGCGUUAUUACAGCAUCUAUUUUACCAUGAUAAUGGCCCAUACAAUUUUUUAAUUUCACGAAACUGUUCCACUGCAUGAAAUCUGCAAAAUUAAUUUCUCAAGUCAUGAACUGAGGACAUACGUCCAAAUAGAAUUAAAGAACGUGAGCCUGUAACAUGAACAGCAUCAGCUCUCGAUGAUUAAUUGAGAAUGAACAAAAGCAUAACUAAAUAAAAGGAGAACGAGCUCUA